AUGGAUGCGUUGAUUGAGAUUUCUGUGAUUGCAGAUAUGGCGCAUAAACACGCCACCAGUGAAACAGAAUAUGCCGGUGCUUUUGUUCCUCAUUCACUGGCUGUCAUGCAAAUUAGCGCCGACCAGGCGCUGGAAACAGCCAGCAAAAUGCUCAUGGCUGAUGUGCGGGAGGGUGACAAGCUGCAAAGAAGCUAUCAGGCGUUUGCUGAGCAGUUUGGUUUUGGGAAAAGGGAAACCGCAGAUGCGCUGAAGCGUCUUCGCGAUGCCGGGUUUAUUACUCUGGAUUUACGCACGGUGGAAAUGCUAGACGGGGCGCGGAUGGAUGAGUUACGGUCUGAGAUGGCGUUUGCGGAGACUGGGGAAAAACCGUGGCCUUAUCGUUCCUGCCGGAUGCGUGAAGGUCGCGGAUAUUGCGAAAAACAUGGCGAAUAUCACACGCAUAUUCUGGUGUGGGGGGAUCGUAAUGGCGAGGACAGAGAGAAAAUUUCACACUGCCCUCACUGCCUGAGUGCUGAAAUCAACGAUGUGAUUAUGGAGUUGUCGUCCCUGAAGGCGGAAGAACUGACUGAUAACGCCGGAAUUGCACUGCGUUUUCGUGACUGUGAGUUUGAAAACUAUCAGGAGAUUAAUCCUGACGCAGCCAGAAAUCUUGCUGCCUGUCGUCGCUAUGCCGAAAACUGGGCGGAUGUUCUGGAGAACGGCACAAAUCUCGUGCUGACUGGCAGUUGUGGCACCGGGAAAAAUCACCUGGCGGUUGCGAUGGCAAAAUAUGUCAUCCGCAACUAUCUCGCCAGUGUUGAGAUCACCGACGUGAUGCGCCUGACCCGGGCUGUGAAAAACUGCUGGCGGAAUGACAGCGAAAAAACUGCGGAUGAGGUGAUUGAGCAUUAUGCAUCACUGGAUCUGCUGAUUAUCGACGAAGUGGGUGUCCAGUUUGGUAGCGCGGCGGAAAUGGCCAUUCUUCAGGAAAUUAUCAAUGCCCGGUACGAAAGCAUUCUGCCAACCAUCCUGAUCAGCAAUCUUUCACCGAAGGCGUUGUGGGCAUACAUCAGUCCACGUAUUGCUGACAGGGUUACGGAUGGUGGCCGUAACCUGUUGUCCUUUAACUGGCCCAGCUACCGUGCACAUGCCGGAGGUGUGGCAGCAUGA